AUGGUUUCCAGUCAGAGGAGGUGUCCUUCCAUUGGAGCGACAGGAGCAGUGGUGAUUGGUCUCUGCGUUGUGGCGGUGAUUUCCACCUGCAUCGCUCUGGCUGUGUGUCUGACCGUUAACAGGAACCCCCCGCAAGACUCUGCACCCAAACCAGCCUUUGAGACAGACGGAGACCUGUUAGAAUAUCUGCUAAAUCUGGGGAGCAUUGACAGGAAGGAUGGAUUGCUGGUCACCUGGUAUCAUUCUGCAAACAAAAAGAGCGAGCUGGCAGCUGCCUUGAAGAGUGAUGCUAUGGUCCUGGAAGCAGAUGUCAACAUAGAAGGACACAACACCCGUAAUGAGACCGACAAGCCCAUCAUGGCCCAUCCCCCCGCUAUUUACAGUGACAACUCUUUUCAGGAAUGGCUGGAUGUCGUCCUUAACUCAUCUAGCAGAGGUGUCAAGCUGGAUUUCAAAAGCAUCAAGGCAGUUGGCCCAUCUCUGGAUAUUUUACUAAAGAAAUCCUCAGAAGUGAAGCUCAAUAGACCUCUGUGGUUAAAUGCAGAUAUUCUAAUGGGUCCCAAUGUCCCCAUAAACACUGCAGUUAACGCAAGUUUAUUCCUCUCACUCAUCCAGGAGAAGUACCCAAACUGCACUCUCUCUCUAGGGUGGACGACCCUCUACUCAUUUCUGUUCCCCAACAAAACCUACACUCAGGAAAUGAUUCAUGAGAUGCACAGCAUCACGGGGACACUGCCCCAAAGAGUCACCUUCCCUGUCAGGGCCGUCAUGGUGAGAUUGGCUUGGCCUCAUUUCAGCUGGCUGCUGGCUCAGUCUGAUAGAUAUAGCCUGACUCUGUGGCAGGGGAAGACGGAUCCCAUCAGAGUGGAAGAUCUCCUGUUCAUCCGGGAUAAUAGCCGUGCUGAACAAAUCUAUUAUGACAUUUAUGAUCCUGUUCUGGCUCAGUUCAAGGAAGCAGCGUUGAACUCAACAAGAAAGAGACUCUACUAUCCUGGAGGCAACUUGCUAGAUUACUUUCACCCAGCAGACUCCGAUGAACUACAGAUAGAGUGGUAUGGGAUGGAUCACCAUGAGAACAGGCUGGAAACAAUGUCAAUUCUUAAAGAUAAGAGGGGCAUGAUUGCCCUGGACAUUGCAUUACAGAAUAGCACCACUGGAAAGCUCAUUCCUGUUGCACUGUCUCCAUCAGCAGGCCUCCCCCUGGAACAGUGUCUACUUACCGUAUCCAGACAUCUCAAUCCUUGGGGCAUAUACCUGAACAUAACAGAACCCAGAGCACUUCGCCCUACGCUGGAGCGCCUUAGAAAGCUAUAUGCCCAGAAUCUCUUAUGGAACCCCAUCUGGAUAAGCAUGGCGCUCUCCUUUGGAAGCUUUGAGGCACCAGGAUACAUGCAAGGUGAAGAAUUCCUAACAACCAUCAACAGCAUUUUCCCAUACGUUACCGUAGCCCCUGGCUGGCCCAGGGAAGCGAUAACUGCUGGUUACACUGACCCAUUGAUAGCCGAUAUGCUCACACUCUGUAAGGAUCUCUGGCAGCAAGUGUCAUUUCAGCUGGAGGCUGUGCCCCUGAGUGGAUCAUGGCUGGCGACUUCAAAGCUGUUGGAGAUUUCACCCAGCUACACCAUCACUGUGCAACACAGUUACUCUGAGGGUAGCUACUGCGAUGGUUUCCCAGGACUCCGGUCUAUCCGAACACACACACAGAAGCGGGUCUAUUAUAAGAUACCGAGACAAUGCAGAAAUGCUUUGAUGGCGGAUGUCUUAACUUCUUAGAACUUCCCUG